AUGAAAGUCAAGAGGCAGUCUGCGGUCAUUCGCCGCAUGGACGGGAUGGAAGUCAAGAAGCAGACCACGCACAUUCUCGCCAGUGAGAAGCGGAACCCCAUUUUCCAACCCGAAUUCGGGAGCUUCAUGGUCGAAGCUACGCCCGGUGCGCCAUAUGAUGACAGUCUCACGAGCAUGUUGAGCGUCCACGGCAACAUGGCCAGGCGGAGACGAAUGAUCCAGGAACGGCUAGGCGAGAACGAGGCGGUCGUUACGAUACCCGGAUUUCCACGCCUAGGCGCUCCCGGAUCCUUCACCCAGCCGGGCCUGCCACCUGGAGGGCUAUUACUGCGGAGCCAAUUUCUCCCGGACGGCCUUGUGAGCACGUAUGAGCGAUAUGGCGUGAUUCAUGACAACCUCUACACGCGCCGGGAAGGACGUGCCUUCAAGGUCAAGGUGCCUUUACUUAGAGACGAGAAGACGCCCUGGCCCUGGAGAGAAUCGAAGCAUUUUGACCUGGUGAAUGGAGCGCAAGAGCACGACGCUAGAACUCAUGGACACGAUGCAGAGAACUUCAUCUACGGUGACAGUAUGUCAUUCGGGCCUACCUUCUGCGGCCUCCAAGUCACGCUGCAGGCUCGCAACCUUCGAGAAGCACGCUACCUCCACGACCAACUUUGUCCUGUUGGACCGAUCCUGAUGGCCCUCACGGCCGGGACGCCCUUUUUCCGCGGCUUUCUCACGGACACGGACGUGAGGUGGAACCUCGCCGCCGCGGCGGUGGACGACAGGACCGCGAACGAGCUGUCUUCAAAGACAGGAAAUGCUCCGAUGCAACCCCGCUGGGCCCCCACAGCAAUGUAUAUCGCCGACGACGCACGGCUUCGACCCGAGUAUAACAAUCCAAGCAUUGACCCCGACCCGAACCGUACCAUCACGGAGAAACUCCAAAGCAAAGGCAUGGACACCCUUCUCGCGUCGCACUACGCCAAUAUUCUAGUCCAUGACCCGAUCGCCAUGACGGAAAAGGACCUCGAAGCUUAUGCGCAUGACGACGGCGGUGGCGAUACCGACCUCUUCGAGAUCCUCCACUCGGCCGUCUGGCCGCACGUGGAUUUCAAACUCCCAUCCAAGAACGAAGGGCGUGCAGGCUGGAGAGUCGAGUUUCGUCCUCUCGAGGUCCAGCUCACGGAUUUCGACAACGCGGCCUUUGUCAUUUUCGUGGCGCUCUUGGCUCGCACGAUCCUGCAUUUCAAUCUCAACUUCUACAUCCCGAUCGAGAAGGUGGCUGAGAAUAUGACGAGAGCGCACACGCGCAAUGCGGUCGUGGAGGAGAAGUUUUUCUUUCGGCGGGGCGUGUGGUCGUCACCGUCGUCCUCGGCAGCCCCUCCGUCCAUCGAAACGGAAUAUACGUUGACGACCGUUGACGAGAUCAUGAAUGGGUCGCGAGGUAUACGCUCGGACAGCUCGCAGUGCGGCACUUCUUCUCCUUUUGAAGGACUCAUCCCGCUGGUCGAGCGAUACGUCCGUGAAGUCUACGGAAGAGGAUCCGGAGACACACACAAUGGUGAACAUGAUCACCAACACGGAGAAGAUCAUCAACCAAAGCAGGAAUCAACACACAGAGACGACCAAGGCCAUGGGGUCCAUCAUCUGCUGGGAUACCUCGACGUGAUCCGUGACAGGGCCUCAGGAAAAACACCCACGCCGGCCACCUGGAUGCGACGGUUCGUGCAGACCCACGAGGACUAUCAUCGGGACAGCGUGGUCUCUGGACGCACAUGCUACGACUUGAUGUGUUGUAUUCGGGAUCUUGGGGAUCGGGACGCCCGGGACGUAUUAGGACAGGGGCACUGA